CUCGUGGCAUUUAGCGCAAACAUGCCCCGUUUGAUUCAUUUUUAAUCCCUGGCCCUCGUCUCUCAAUUCCACUAGAACUUCCCCAACAUGGCUUUAGAAUCAUCGAGCGCUACCAAAGAUCAAACGUCUGCAUCCGUACAAUCUCAUCCUCUGAACUUGUACUUCGACCAACUCAAAGACCAGGUCUUCGGUAUGAUACAGAACGAAGCAUCGUGUCUGGAGAGAAUUCAGCAACUUGAAACCGAAUUAAGCGCUUACAAGCGAGCCUUCGCGGACGUAGACACUGAACACCGACAGUGCGAAAAGAUUAAAGCCGAGUGCGAGAAGCAGAAGGAGAUAUUAGCAAGUCAACUGCAGGGACAUCGUGUUGUCACUUUGAUCGACGGCGACGGCGCCAUUUUUUCCAGUGAGCUUAUAUCUCAGGGCCUGGCCGGUGGGCACGUUGCCGCACAGAAGUUAUCCGACUCUAUCCUCCAACAUUUAUGCACGACUUAUGGCGCCAACCAGUACCAGCUUUGGGUUUACAUUUUCUAUAAUAAACGCGGACUCGUUGACACAUUUGGGCGCUUGGGGCUGACCACGCUUAAGAUUAAAUUUGAUGAUUUUGCCAUGGGCUUCAAUCAGUCAGCGGAACGUUUUCUCAUGGUCGACGUCGGAAACGGAAAAGAGGCUGCCGAUGCAAAAAUUAAAGCACACCUUGAGGACGAUAUCCGUUUGCCGCAAACGUCAAAAGUAAUAUUUGCCGGCUGUCACGACAAUGGAUACGUCACCAAUCUUCGCUCGCAGAUAACUGCAGGGUACAAGCAAAAGCUUAUUCUUCUAAAGAGUUAUACUGACAUGGCGGCCGGUAUUUCGGAACUCGACCUUCCAACGCUUACCAUACCGGAGCUGUUCAUGCCCCAAAAGUUAGGGCAACCUUUAUCUAGCGUACCGCCUGGUCUCGCCACUGUACGCAGAUCAUCAUUCGUAAUACCUCAUCCCGCUAUGCCGCCAUCCAUAACAUCAGACACUUCAGCCGCAGUCCAGAAGCCUACGGCACCAGAUCCUAACGGAACUUCUUCGGCGGUGCCGGACCAAGAACCCAUCUCGGUGCAGCGCCCUUCAUUGCCACUCCCUUCUUACUCCUUUGUCAUUUCAAACGAUAGAAGAUCAGAGACUCCGGAUUUGGACUCGGGCAGUGAUGACUCGGAUGACAGUGACGACCUGUCUGUCGAGGCAUUCGUGUCGUCUUCUUUCACUUCAAGACAUAUUGAUCCUCACAUUCCCCUCUCGAAGCAUAAACCCCCUCCCUGCACGCUGUUCUAUUUGGCUAAUUGCAAGCACGGUGCGGACUGCAGAUAUGCUCACGACUAUAUACUAGACUCGGAACAUUUCAACGAAAUUCGCACGAACGCUAAGAAAGCCCCGUGUCCCUACGUUAACAAAGGUGAAACGUGUAUCUGGGGAGAAGACUGUUGUUAUGGACAUGUCUGUCCCAUGUCUGGCAACUGUUACUUCAACAAGAAGGGGAAAUGUAAAUUCACUGGAGUUGAUAUGCAUAAAGAGCCGAAAGUAUUAAUCAAUGAGUAGGAAAUUCUGCUGCCCUAGUAUGAUGUAUGUUUGGAGGACCUCUCCACCAGUAUGAGUAUGCUUUCUAUUCUCCACAGAUUGUUAGUCAAAGAAAUGAUGUGCGGAGGCACGGAUACCUUUUGGGACUCUUGUCCCCCCUUUUCGUUAUUCCCCUUCCAAAACAAUCAAAGAAGUUCCCCUUUGGUGAUUGCAACAAAUGCUGACAUGUACAUUAGCACGCCCGUUGCCGUUCAAGGUCACGACAGUAUGUUUCCGGAGCAGGGAGGGUUUGGGUGCUUUUAGAAGCACCUUGCAGGCACUUGUCAUUCGGACCGCCACUGUGACCCGUUUGUAAAGUCGCCUCGGUGUGACUUGCGAAGU